CAGAAAACAAAGGGAAGAAGACACCCAAUCGGCUUUCUCCAUUCCUGACGGCUGGCCAAUCAUAAAGUCCGCAUCAGGCUAAAAACUAUUCAACAUGGAGACAACAGUUGAUAAGCUUGAGGCGAUGUUCCUGAAGUCAGAGGCUGACCUGGAAUACAUUGAGAAGCGGCUGAAGCUGGACUUCAUCAACAACACAGCAGAGAAUGGAGGUCCCCCUGAGGAAAACCCUGCGGUGAUGCUGGAGAACCUAAGGGUCAUCAAGGCCAAACAUACAGCGCUGUGCUCUCAGGUGAAGGACAUCACGACUGCACAGAAAGACUGCAUGGACUCUAUUAAAAAUAACCUCGGCAGUGUCAUGGAGCUGAUCCAACACUUCCAACAGACUAUUGAUGUGGAGCUCCAUUACGCAAUCCGCUCUGAACACCUGGAAGCCCAGUACUUGAAUCGCGCUGUCUGCGAUCAGGUCGCUCAGCCAGGUCUCCGUGAAGCACAAAGCAGCAGAGCGUGCAAAGUCAGAGUUGGUCCUGUUGAUGAGAAGAAUUUCAUCCAUCUUGUUGACCAGGGAGCGGAGAUUUGCCAGGUGAAUAGACGGGAGUGGAGUCCGGGUUCCUCUCUGUCGUAACUGCACCAAGGCGCC